GCAGUGGCAGCCAAUCCAAAACCCGCGCAAAGUGCUUUCAGAUCGGUGGGCGUAGAGUUCCCCGGGGUGGAUGAUAUUGAUGACGAACAGCCACUGGAAGACGAGACUGUGGCUACACUAACGGAGUUGUCUAUUCCGGAAUCUGUGCUCAUAGUUGGUUUGGGAUAG